AUGACUUUUCUCGCAACUAUUAACCGUAUGGCUCCUACUGCCAUGAAGCGUGCUGCUGCCGUUUCCAUGAAGCCUACCGCUGUUGCCUUUGCUCAAAAGCGUUUCAACUCCACAUCCGGAACUGAGAUGACUGUUCGUGAAGCUUUAAACCAAGCUAUCGAAGAGGAAAUGAUCAAGGAUGAGACAGUUUAUAUUCUCGGUGAAGAAGUUGCUCAAUAUAACGGUGCUUACAAGGUUACCAAAGGUUUAUUAGACAAAUUUGGCCCUAAGCGUGUCAUCGAUACCCCCAUUACUGAGAUGGGUUUCGCUGGUAUUGCUGUUGGUUCUGCCUUCAGUGGUUUGAAGCCUAUUUGUGAGUUCAUGACCUUCAACUUUGCUAUGCAAGCCAUUGAUCAAAUCGUUAACUCUGCUGCAAAGACUCAUUACAUGUCUGGUGGUAUUGUCAAGUGCCCUAUUGUUUUCCGUGGUCCUAACGGUGCCGCUGCCGGUGUUGGUGCUCAACAUUCUCAAGAUUUCUCUGCCUGGUACGGUUCCGUUCCUGGUCUCAAGGUUGUCUCUCCUUGGAACUCUGAGGAUGCUAAGGGUUUGUUGAAGGCUGCUAUUCGUGAUCCUAACCCUGUUGUCGUCCUCGAAAACGAACUUGAAUACGGUACCUCUUACCCUAUGUCUGCUGAAGCUCUCAAAGACGACUUUGUCAUCCCUAUUGGUAAGGCCAAGAUUGAGCGUGAGGGUAAGGACAUUACCAUUGUCUCUCACUCCAGAACUGUUGGUUUCGCCAUGAAGGCUGCUGAUCUUUUGGCCAAGAACGGUAUCUCUGCUGAAGUUAUCAACCUUAGAUCUAUCAAGCCUCUUGAUACAGAGACCAUCUUCAACUCCAUCAAGAAGACUAACCACAUCAUCUCUGUCGAGAAUGCUUGGGCCGCUUUCGGUGUUGGUUCUGAGAUCUCUGCUCAAAUCAUGGAAAGCGAUGCUUUCUGGCACUUGGAUUCUCCCAUGAGCCGUGUCACUGGUGCUGAUGUUCCUACUCCUUAUGCUGCCAACCUCGAAGCUCUUGCCUUCCCUGAUGAGAAUGUCAUUGCUAAGGCUGCCAGAGAUAACUUGGAUAGAAAAGUUGGUUUCUAA